AUGGCAGAGCCAGAAGUUGAAAAGAAAUUUAUUGAAGAUAGUUUAGGUGUAGUUGGUGGUAUAUUUGGUGAACAGAUUACUCAUACAGUUUGGGUCGAAGCAAACAAAUCACCAACAUUAGCAGGUACAGGUUUUAAUAAAAGAUUAAUUGUGGUCGGAAAAUAUAAAUUAAUUUCAAUUAAAAAGGGUACUUUUGGUAAAUCAGUCGAGUUGGAAUUUCAUUUAUAUAAUGUUUCAGAAAUUUGUUCAGAGAGUGAAGAUUCAAUUUCAAUUAAAUAUAACGGCGAAAAUGGUGAACCAUUGGGCGUUUCGAUUAAAGGUCCAUUAGAAAAACUUCAACAUUUAGUUAGAGCGAUUAGAACAAGUUAUAGAAAAAUUACUUGUGGUUUUUCUGAACAAACUGUUAUGAAAAUUAAUUUACAAGAAAACAAAAUGAUCGAGUUUGAGGAGCCACUUAUAAUGUCAGCAGCACAUGGUUUUACAGAUACAUAUAUCGCACAUUCAUAUUUUUAUAAAACUGUUAGCACAUUAGAUUUUGUUAGAAUGAUCGAGGCACUUUAUUCAACAGAUUGUAAUGAAUUAGAUUUUUCACAAUGCCCAGGUAUCGACCCAGCAUCAGAAUUAAGUUUUAAUUUAUUCACAGCAAUUAUUAGUUUACGUCAUAAUACUUAUUUUAAAUCAAUUAAUUUAUCAUGUUUACCACAUGCAAAUAUCACAAAUGCAAUUGGUAUGGCAUUAGAAACAAAUAAAUCAAUUACAAAAUUAAAUUUAUCAAAUUUAAGAGUAGAACAAUCAUUCCAACCUUUAGCAAAUGGUUUAAUUAAAAAUCCAAAUAAUUCAAUUCAAUCAAUCGAUCUUUCAAAAAAUUCAAUUCCAUUCCCAGUUAUGGCAACACUCUGUGAUUGUUUUUCAAAAUAUUCACAUGGUUUAGUUAGUUUAAAUCUAUCAAAAUGUGAAUUAUUACCAAAAUCUAUUGUUAUUUUAUUCCAAUCAUUUGAAAGAAAUUUUGGUAUGUCAUUGGCAAUCAAAUAUUUAAAUUUAUCACACAAUAAAUUUGGAGAUUUAGGAUCACAAUCUAUCGCAAGUUGGAUGGCUAAAAUUAAAGGUUAUCAUUCAUUAGAGUGCUUAAUUUUAUCAAAUUGCCAAUUAAAUUUCCAAAUUAUGGGUCCACCACUACGUGUAGUCGAUGUUGCACAUCUGGAUUUAUCAAUGAAUAAGAUUGAUAGAGCCUCAUCCAAGUUAUUAGGUAGCGAAGUAUUUGAUUCAGUUGCAGCACUUAAAUAUCUUAAUUUCAGUGGUUGUGCAUUCAAUGCUGAAUCACUUGAGGAUAUCUUUAUAUCAUUCAAUAGAAAUAAAAAGAUAUGUAAUUUCCAAAUCAAUCUCUCACACAACGCUUUGGGUGCUCGUGAAGCCACUAUUCUUUCAAAAUCUAUCUCUGGUUGUCGUUACUUGGAAGCAAUUGAUCUCUCACAUAAUCGUCUUAAUUGCCGUUCACUUAUGGAGCUCUUGGGUGCCAUUAAAAAUAUUGACCAAUUCAAUCUCCACGAAUUGAAUAUGGGUAAUAAUUAUUUUUCACAAGGUCCAGAAGGUGAUCAAUUUUGUACCCAAUUGGCUUAUUUAAUCAACACUUUCCCAACUAUUCGUACUAUAAAUAUCUCUGGUGGUAGAUAUCCAUUGGCUAAAAGUUUAACUCCAUUACUCGAAGCUUUGGUCAACAACAAAUCACUAAAAGAAUUGGAUAUCUCUGAUAAUGGUUUGGGUGACACUAUGGCUAGUAUUAUUGGUGAAAUGUUAAGAAGUAAUGCCACUAUAAUGUAUUUAAAUUUAGAUAACAAUCAAUUUGGUCUCUCUGGUUGGGCCUCAAUAGCACAGCCAUUACUUUAUGACAUCAAUAGAACUUUAAACCAUUUAAUUUUCCCAAAAACUUUAGCUUCAGCUUACACAUCCACAAUUAUUCAAAACUUUACCUCUGCUCAAUUAUUUGGUUCUCUAUCUAAAGAUAAAAGAACUCAAAUCAUUCAAUUGUUCCAAAAAAUGCAAGAUAAAUUGGCUGAAAAUAGAUUUGAAACUUCUGUACUCGAUUCAAGUAAUAUUUAUGUUUCUGAAUAUGCCAUUAAACAAACCUAUGACGUUGUACUUCCAAAUAUAGCUUGUCCAUUAGUUCCAGUACCAGAACACCUUUCAUCUCUUCCACCACCACCAUCACCACUUUCAGAUAUUAAUAAAACAUCAGCUACCUUAUCCAGUAGUAAUACUACACCAAGUAAUACUAGUUCAUCACCAUUGAAUGUAACACCACUAUCUGCCACUACUAUUGAAAAGAAAACCCAUUCAAGAACCGAUUCAAAUUCUUCGACAACUUCAAAUAGUGGUAUUACAACAUCAACAUCAGCAACAACAACAGUAGCAGCAGCCACUACUAAUAAACCAGCAGUUCAAAAUAUUACUAAUAAUAGUCAUGUAAUGAAUUCCCCAUUGACAGCAGCACCACCAAGAGCUUUAAUAACUCAAACAUCAGAUUGGCAACCAGAUGAGUCAUCUGAGGCUGAUAUUUACGAAUCAAGUAACACUAAUAGUUAUGUAGCUUAUAGUUCAGAAGAUGAUGAAAGCGAUUACACACAAAAUUCAGAAUAUGAAUCUUCUUCGAAUGAAAGAAAAAAACCAAUUAGAAAAUCAAAACCCAAAUCCAAACCAAAUAUAAUAAAAUCUUCUUUUAAAUCUGUACCAACUCAACAACAUCAACAACAGCAACAACAACAACCAGAACAACCAGAACAAUUACAAACACAACCUCUACAAGAGCAAUUUCAAUCAGAUUCUCAAACCGAAGUGUUAUAAAGUUAAAAAUAUAAUUAUUAAAAAAAUUUAAAUAAAUAAAAAUUUUAAACCC